GGUUCUUCUGCACCCAGGUUGACCCUCACAUGGAGACCAACUCCAGCAGCCCGGGGAACCUGUCCCACGUGGACCUGGGCUGGUCCAACACCAAUGAGUUGAUCAUCACCUCUACUUUUGGGACCAUCCUGUCUCUGAUGUACGUGGCAGGGGUCUCAGGCAAUGCCUACACCUUGGUGGUCAUGUACAGCUCCACGAAGACAGUAGCCAACAUGUACAUCUCCAUCGUGAACCUAGCCCUGGCUGAUCUCCUCUACCUGUCCAGCAUCCCGUUCAUUGUCUGCACCUACUUUGUCAAGGACUGGUAUUUUGGGGAUGUGGGGUGCAGGAUCUUGCUCAGCUUAGACCUCUUCACCAUGCAUGCCAGCAUCUUCACCCUCACUGUCAUGUGCACUGAGAGGUACGUGGCUGUCACCAAACCCCUGGCCAGUCUGAAGAAGUCCAAUUAUUACAGAAAGAGCACAGCCCUGGGUGUGUGGUCAAUCUCCCUAAUUCUCACCUUGCCCAUGAUGAUGAUGAUGACAUUAACAGAGUCUAAGGGUAAGCAGGUGAAGAGGAUGUGUGCCCCAACUUGGAGUCUAGAUGCCUACAGGAUCUAUCUGACUGUCCUGUUUAGCACCAGCAUUAUGGCCCCAGGACUGAUCAUUGGCUUUCUGUACACCAGGCUGGCCACCACAUACCUGGAGUCUCAGAAGAACCCUAUUUACAUCAAGGAGAACAAAAAGUCCCCAAAACAGAAAGUGCUCUUCAUGAUCUUUAGCAUUGUCCUGGUGUUCUGGGCUUGCUUCCUUCCCUUCUGGAUUUGGCAGCUGAUCAGACUCUAUGACAUGUCCCCCCAGCUCUCCUCCCAGACCCAAACAUGUAUCAAUUACCUGGUCACCUGCCUGACCUACAGCAACAGCUGCAUUAACCCCUUCCUUUACACCUUGCUCACAAAGAACUACAGUGAGUACCUGAGUAACAGGAAGAAAAAGUUCUAUAGAUUCACUUCCAAUUAUAAGAUGGAGAACUCCAGCUUUCAGUGUUCCUCCUGGGGUCGGUCCAUGUCCUCCACCCACUGUGACUGUAUGUCUGAGACCAUAGGCAUGGCAGGAGUCAGGGACCUCAAGUGA